UCAUCAUGCCAAGGCAGCGUCAGCUGUUCUCUGCAGGAGGUUCACUAACGAGGGUCUAGGUAUAGCCUUCAUCCAGGAACCCUGGAUACUACGCGGUGAGGUCAAAGGUCUGAACGUCAAUGAUGUUCAUGACGGCGGAUCUGGUUGCGGUUUGGGCCGAAAUUCCCACUCCAAGGGGUGUACAAGAGGCAGUACUUGCCUCAGCGUACUUUCCGGGUGAGGAGGAGAUGGCCCCAACAGCAGAAGUAAAGGCUUUCGUGGAGCACUGCCAGCAGAGUGGUAAACCCUGGAUCCUCUGCUGUGACGCCAAUUCAAAUAACACUGUUUGGGGCAGCACCGAUACCAACAAAAGGGAAAGGGAGGCUACCACAGCGGCACUGAGAAUCCCGAACACCUCCGACCUGAAAAUCGGAGAUAUGACGGGUCACAUGAAGGUCCUAAUGAAAUUCGCUAAUGGCCCCAUACUACAAAUGCGCGAUGCAAUGGUUCCAAAACUAGAAAUCUCUAGGAAAUUUGAGGUACACAUUGCAGAUCGAGCUCUCUGGAAUACAGGGAACCCAUACACCAAACCUAAUGGGGAGGUUUGGUAUACUGAUGGAUCUAAGCUUGAAAAUGGUAGAACGGGGGCUGGCAUUUUUGGGCCGAACUUUAAAAAAAUGAUACCAAUGGGUAGCUACCCCACCAUCUUUCAGGCGGGGAUUCAUGCAAUAGAAAUUUGUGGCAGAGAAUGUCUCAGAAGGGGAACGUCAGCGAAAUAUAUCUGCAUUAUGUCGGACAGUCAGGCAGCCCUACUGGCCCUUAAGUCCCACAAAAUAAGUUCUCAGCUAGUACAUGAUUGCCGCAAUGUCCUAAAUGCUCUUGGUGACAAGAAUACAGUCUUAUUAGGAUGGGUACCAGGGCAUGAGGGACAUGAUGGCAAUGAGGAGGCUGACUGCCUAGCGAAACAGGGAGCUGCCGCAGUAUUUUAUGGUCCGGAACCCUUUUGUGGGCUCACCAAAGCACAUAUAAAGGGGACCAUAAAUAACUGGGUAGACAAAAUGUUCAACAGGCAUUGGAUGGAAUGUCCAGGGCAAAGACAAGCCAAACGAUUUAUCUGCCCUUCAAACGAAGUUUCAAAGAAACUAAUCAAUUUAGGCAGAGAGGACCUCAAAACUCUCACUGGGUACUACACGGGACACUGUUCUCUUCGUUACCACCUCAGUAAAAUCCAUCUUUCAGAAACAAGCGUCUGUCGCUUCUGUGAGCUGGACGAAGAAACGCCAGAACACAUUCUCUGUGAAUGUGAUGCUCUCGCUAGGCGCAGACUAGCCCACUUUGGUGGCGCUACCCUUAAUCCAUUUGAAAUUUGGAACAAAACGCCCUUGGAGGUGCUAGGCUACAUUAAGAGCCUUCCCUUAUAG